GUAUGAAUCAGAGCUUUCGCUAGACCUUUCUUUCACUACCCCUUCCUUGUGCUCGUCUCUCCGCUUUCAUCCCCCAUUGUUCCUGCACCUUGACCUGCAGCAGCUCGUUCAGGUAUUGCCUUUUAUAGGCAAUGGAGCAUUGGGAUCCAGUGCCAUCAGUAACCAUGAGGAGGAGAUGGCAGUUGGGAAGUGGAGUCAAUUAGCAUCCACAUAUAUACUUUCAUAAUAAUAUAUAAAUUUUUUAGGUAGAGAGAGAGAUAUAUAUAUAUGGCUAAUGAUGGCAGAGCCGAGGUGGUGAUGUCAAUUAUCUCAGGUGAGAAUUCACAAAUGCCAGAUGAAGCUGCGGUGGAUGAUGAUUAUGGGAGUGGAGAUGAGCCAUUUUUCUUGAGUUUGAAUCCCCUGGUCGUGAAUCCUCAUGCGGAAAAUGUUCAGCGGUUGAAGAAGUUUUUUGUCGUUUCGUGCCUGUUGGCCAUUUUUCUCGACCCGUUGUUUUUCUUCUUGCUAGCUGUGAACCAGGUACGAACUUCUGAUUCAUCACCACCAAUCAUCAUUUUGGCAUAUUCCCAAUCAACC